CACAACGUUCGAUGUGAGGAGGUCUCAUUGAGUCCGAGGAUCUCGUUUUCCUUUAUAAAGGCGAACUUCUCAUACAUCCCAGCCGCAACUGCACCGAAACGAGCAAGCUUCACCCAUACAGACUCAAGUCCUCAACGAACCUGACUUCACCAGAGUUCCAGACCGUCCCAGUCUUGCUGUGCCCAUACACCAUGGGCCCCCAACUCCCUCCUGGAAUCCGCCUCGACCAUGGCCGCAGCAGCAGCACCACCCCAAAUAAAAAGGGCCGCUCCCUUGUCGCAACCCGCCCCUUCCCCGCAGGCAGCCACAUAGCAACCUUUUCCUCCCCGUUGCUGGCGCUCCCGGACGGCGCGACAAUGCGCACGACGUGCAACUACUGCCUGCGGGUGGGCGCCAGCAGCAGCAGCGCGACCUCCUCCUCAUCGCAGCAGCAACAGGGGCAGCAGGGGCAGCAGGGGCAGCAAGCCCAACAACUAAAGGCCUGCACUGGUUGCAAGGCAGUCGUGUACUGCGACGCGACCUGCCAGAGAGCGCAUUGGCGCGGGGUGCACAAGGCCGAGUGCGCCAUGUUUGCGCGGGUCCGCAAGUCGGUGGGCAAGGACUGGCUGCCGACGCCCGUGCGGGCCGUGGCACAGGUCAUGCUGCGGCUCAGGGCGGGGGAUAAGGAGGUUAGGGAGGCGUUUGAGUCCGGCUCCGGGCUGGAGGGAAACGUGGAGGCUUUCCGCAAGGAGGAGGAGGUUUGGGCCGACUUUGAGCUGCAGGCUUCUGCGGCCGUGGUGUAUGCCGGCCUGUUGCAAGGGGAUGAGGUGCUUGCGAAGGCGAGGGAGGUGCUUUGCAAGAUACAAACAAAUGCAUUUAACCGGCUGGAUGAGGACACAGGUAUGGCGGGCAUUUAUCUCGACGCUGGACUGGCUAUGGUAAACCACUCCUGCGUGCCGAAUGCGUUUAUCGGAUUUGACAAGAGAACCGCUAUCUUGAGGGCGGAGAGGGAUAUCCGAGAGGGAGAGGAGAUUACGAUUUCGUAUAUCGACAACACCUUACCCAGGUCUGCCCGUCACGAGGCGCUCAGACUUUACCAUUUCCAGUGUGAUUGCGCCCGGUGCAAAAACGAUCUUGAUUGCUAUGAGGUUUGCCAGGAGUCCCCAGCUCUCUCUCUCAACUCCUUUAGUCUCCAGCCAAAUCUGGGGAAACUGCGGAACCCCCCUAUCGACCGCUCAAAGGUGUCCAAACAGCAGGUUGAGGCUAUUUACAAGACAUGGCAGUCCUUACCCAAGCCAGAAGGAGACGAUGAGAAGGAUCACCUAAAGGUUGGGCGGGCCCGGUGGGAACUGUGUAAACCGCUUGUCGAGGCCGGAAUGUGGGCGGUGGAGCCAUUGCCGACAACAAUCCUAAAUGUCGCUCUACGCUGGCAAACCAGCUACAAGAUGGUGGUUUACGCUCUCCCUCUACUGUGUUUCCUCGCCACCGAGUGCGAGCCGUUCAAAUUGGUGGCACCUUUUAUGCCCUGGCGGAUCAAGGGUAUCAUGUCCAUCGUCAAGCUGCUGGCUGUGACUGGCGAGUUCACAGCAAGCGGCUCUCUGGCCACGAGAUGCACGCACGAGGGUCUUGUGGGAACCCUUGCAUUAGCGGACCAAGUCAGCAUGUGCGAAGCCCUUUUGCGUCUCGCCGUCCAUCAUGGUUCCACUGGCGCAUCCGAGGACCGGGAGGUACUGCAACAAGCAAGGUCGAUGCUAGACGAUGUUGAGAGCCUACAGGGACGGGAGAAGGAGUCGACUCUGCUUCGAGCAUGGGCAAUGGACCCAGAGGACCCGGAGGCCAGCGCCUUCUUUGAGAAGGAGGUGCUCAGCCCUAUCAGGAAGUUAGCGUCCCUCGCACCCGAGAUACUGGAGGCAAUGCUGGGCAACAAAAGCCUCACGAAGAAAUGACGGAGCAAUCCAGCAUCAUCCUGCGUUAUCGUUUUCUGAGACGAGUUGGGACACCGUUAGUUGAUGAGCUCUUUGCGGCAUCUAUCAGAAUCCGUCCUUCGCUUCCGGAUUUCGCCAUGCUGAAGAU